GAACCGUGUGAACCAGAGAAAGCAGUUGAUGGAUCAGCAAAUGCUCAACCGGAUGAUGCGUCUGAGAUUCCACCUCCGCCUCCAACUCCAUCUGCGGAAGUGGAGGCUGGUAUGAUGGACGAGGGUAGCGAGAUGGAUGAUAAUGCUGAUGAUGUCAUGGAAGAUGAUGAUGAUGCUCACAACCUGACCCAUGAUGGUGGUGAUACGCCGUUUGAUGAGCUACCUUUACUGGAGCAGUUUGCCGAUGAAUCGUUGGAGCUCAUCAUCAAGAAGUAUGGGGGUGAUACUUUGGAGAUGAGUUUGAUUUCCUUACCGCGGACUAUCCGGUUGAUGUCAGCAUGCUCUGGUUCAGGUUGUUUCGAAUUGGCUACACAUGCGGCAUUGUGUGAGAUCAACCGCCGUUUCAAGCGAUUCAGAAUGGAGAACCAAGACACUGAUCCUUUCCACUUCAAGGUGUCGACCAGUUUCCUCUGCGAAAUUGUUCCCAACAAACAGAAGUUUUUGUUGGAACAUGUGAUCAAGCACCAAGUUGAGACGGAGGAGGAGACGCCGUGUCUGUUUGAAAACAUCAUCAACCUCAAUGAUGGUGAAACGCGACGAUGCAUUGUACACUCUGCUGCCUGUGAAUUGGAUCGUUUUGAUCCAAAGAAAGGAGAUGCGGAUGAUUUGUCUAUCUUUGCUGCAGGCUUCAGCUGCAAGUCCUUUUCCAAGAUGAACAUCAAUUUCACAGAACUCCGCACUGCCCUGGCUGACCAGAAGGAAUGUAGCUCCUUGGCUACCUUCCGUGGGGUGCUUCACAUUGUGCGAGAAUGUCGGCCUCGCAUAGUGUUGCUCGAAAACGUGGACAGUAUAGACUCUUCAGUUGGCCAAAGUGAUAGCAGCGAUAAAGAGGCGAAAUCGAACCUACAAGUGGUUUUGACCCAGAUCUCCGAGCUUGGAUACAGCUGCAGGGCAGAGAAACUGAAGGCAUCUGAAUACGGAGUUCCGCAGCGCCGCACCAGGUACUAUUUUGUAUGUGUUCGUCAGAACGGUGGAAGCGCACUAUCAGAGCCAGCGGAUCUGUUGGUUGAACGGAUCAUGGAUCGGGUUCUGUCAUUACGGCGUGAAUGCAGGCACAACCCAGACUACUUCUUGCUACCUGAUUCGCAUGGACUUGUCCAAAUCGAGCUCAACCGACGUGUCAGCAAGAAGAAGGACGGUGAAGCAAAAGACAAGGCUGCGUGGCCAGAGCAGCAUAGCGCUCUAGCGGAGAAGUAUGGCGUGCAAUGGCCACUACAACCUAGCAAAGAGCUUGCGUCUUCUGUUUGGUAUGACGUCCUACCUGACAGGGAAAAGGAGGUGCUGUGCUUCGUCAACAUCAUGAACGAGCGCAUCACCAACGUUGAUGACAAGAUUCAGUAUGUGGACAUUUCGCAAUCUGCAACGCGUCUACCAACCUCGACACGUGGUUCUCAGGUCACGCCAACCAUUUUGCCAGGGUCAAAACUCUGGCACGUGGGUCGGAAGCGCUUGUUGUUAGGAACAGAGCUCAUGGCUCUUCAAGGGCUACCAAUGACGGAGUUCCCAGAGAACAUCUUGACAACUUUGUCACAGAAGCAGUGCGCAGACCUUGCGGGAAACAUGUUUGCAGUUCCUUGUGUGAUGGCAGUUGUCAUGUCGGCUUUGUCCACUCUCCGUUUCGAGACGUACAGUGAAGAAGAAGAGCUGGAUGCAGUUGCAAGCUCAAUGCAGAAAUGGUGCAAGAGCUAAAUUUUAGUGUUUGACCUUAGGGCGACUCGCGCUUGGGGAGCGCGAGUCGAAAGACCCAGCAAAGCGUUCAAAGCAUCAAAGAUGCAUAAUCGCACUGUUUUGCAGGACACAGACAAACCAUUCCUGCAAGUGCCGCGC